AUGCCGUCUAUGUUUGGUUCCCCAGCUCUAGUCUUUUCUGCUGCAGUUAUCCUUCGUGUUAUUCUCCUCUUCUAUGGUCUUUUUCAGGAUUCCCACUCUCCCGUGAAAUACACCGACAUCGACUACUUCGUUUUCACAGAUGCGGCGAAGUUCGUCUCGCAGGGUCGCUCUCCCUACGAACGAGCCACAUACCGCUACACCCCGUUGCUGGCAUGGCUCCUGGUCCCGACUGCAUGGGGUGGUAGCUUAUGGUCCGCCUUUGGCAAAGCAUUGUUUGCCUUUGCCGACAUCGUGGCUGGCUGGUUGAUUGUCCGAGUUCUCCGCCAGCAGCGUCAUCUGAAUAUGGACAUGCCUCGCGCUCUCAAGUACGCUAGCAUCUGGCUACUUAAUCCCAUGGUUGCUACAAUUAGUACAAGGGGCAGUUCAGAGGGCCUAUUGGGUGUCAUGGUCAUUGCACUGGUUUGGGCUGUUUUAGAAAAGCGAAUCGUACUGGCUGGCGCGCUCCUUGGCCUUGGGGUUCAUUUUAAGAUAUAUCCAUUCAUCUACGCCCCAUCGAUAAUAUGGAUGCUGGAUGAGGGCGGGGGCCAUGUAGGAGCGAUAUCGAAUUUGUCAUUGUCAUCCAUGAUCAAUUGGCUACGCUCGUUUUUCAACCCGUCCCGCGUCCUUCUCACCUUCGCCUCUCUCUGUGUCUUUUCCGCCCUCAACCUCUCCAUGUACGUCACCUACGGCCUUCCAUUCAUGCAGCAUACCUACCUACACCAUCUCACCCGUGUUGAUCAUCGGCACAAUUUCUCACCCUACAAUAUGCUCCUUUAUCUCUCUUCCUCCUCGACUGCACAAGGCACGUCUCUAGGAAGCAACCUAGAGUCACUGGCUUUCAUCCCCCAACUUGCCCUCUCUGCCGCUUUAAUCCCGCUUGCUUUGGCCAAGAAAGAUCUAGCAGGCACCAUGCUAGCGCAAACUUUUGCGUUUGUCACGUUCAACAAGGUCUGCACGAGUCAGUAUUUCCUCUGGUAUAUGAUCUUCCUCCCGCUCUAUCUUCCAUAUUCUCUCUUCGUUAAAAAACCACUCCUCGGCAUCAGCGCCCUCACUCUUUGGAUAGGCGGCCAGGCGCUCUGGCUCUAUCAGGGUUUCCGUCUCGAGUUUCAUGGCCUCUCUACUUUCGCUCCGGGCCUCUUUGUCGCUUCAUUAAUAUUCUUCCUAGUCAACGUUUGGAUCUUAGGUAUUAUUGUUGCUGAUGUCGGCGUACAGUCAGUGAGUUCUUUUGCCAUGCGCGCCAGUGGAGAUCCGAGCAAAGCAACAAAAGCGGCAAGGGACCAGAAAUGA